AUGGGCUACACACAACCGAGGAAGUUCAGCACGACAACUUCUCGAGCCUUGAAGCAAUUCUUCCCGGCACCGGACGCUCCUAGCAUCAGAACAACAGAAGCAGCAUGGCCACACCCAAUUUACACCAAAGAACAAAUGGAAUCGGUCGUAAUCGCACACCGACAAGCCAAAACAUGGUCGGACUGGACAGCACUCGCCGCAAUCCGCACAAUGCGAUGGGGGUUGGAUCUCGCGACCGGCUACAAGCAUGACAAAGCCGUAGCCAGUGGAAAGAAGAGUGCCAAAAACGCCACCCAGAAACAUGUCAUGACGGCGAGAAAGUACAUGAUUCGUAAUGUCUUCCUCGAGUCGGUGGCUGGUGUUCCUGGCAUGGUUGCUGGCAUGCUACGACACCUGCAUUCGAUGCGUCGUAUGAAGAGAGACAAUGGCUGGAUUGAGACGUUGCUCGAGGAAUCAUACAACGAGAGAAUGCAUCUGCUUACCUUCCUCAAAAUGGCAGAACCAGGACCAUUCAUGAAGUUCAUGGUACUUGCAGCUCAGGGCGUCUUCUUCAACGCUAUGUUCGUGGCCUACCUGGUUUCACCUCGCACGGCACAUCGAUUCGUCGGGUACCUGGAGGAAGAAGCAGUACUUACAUACACACGUGAGAUUGCAGACCUGGACGCUGGAAGACUGCCUGAGUGGGAGAACCUGGUGGCACCUGAUAUCGCCAUCAAGUACUGGCACAUGCCUGAAGGACACAGGACGAUGCGCGACUUGUUGAUGUACAUUCGCGCAGACGAGUCGAAGCACCGCGAGGUAAACCACACGUUGGGCAAUCUUGACCAGAAGGAAGAUCCAAACCCAUUCGUGUCCGAGUACAAGGACAAGACAGUCCCACACCCCGGAAAGGGGCUUCAGCAUCCCAAGCCGACAGGAUGGGAGAGGGCCGAAGUCAUGUAA